AUGGAUGAAAGCGAAAUUGGGAAGUCAUUAUUAGAUUCUUUGCCAAAUUCGCCUAAUCAAAACAAUGGAAGCCGACCAACAAGCAUGGUCAUGAAGAAAGCACAUACGGUGUUUCCAGCACAUCUAGUUGCCGAAGCCAUAUCUACCCUCCACGGGCUUGAUCUGAGAUGGUCAGGCCCAAUCACACCACAAGAAAUGGAGUAUGUGAAGCAAUAUAUCUUUGCAAAAUACCCUGAAUAUUGUAAUGGACUUGUACUCGAAGAGGGUGACAAAAUUGAUCUCUACAAUCUUUGUAGCAAGGAUGAGUCAAGUUUGGAAGCAAAUAUGAGCGAUGAAAAAAGAAAGUAUUCCCCUAGAGCUAUUACUAUAAAAGACUCGUCUUCACCAUCUUCCUUUAGUUCUACAAAUGAUCUUGAUGGAACACAGUUAGAGCCUUCGAAGUUGUUGGAAACCUUAAACAAAAAGUCAUCAUUCCAAGAAGCAAUGGUGAUGAUAGGGGAAUCAUACCCUUUUUUUAAAGGGAAUUAUUACAUGACGAUUAUUAAUGAAAAAGAAGACCCGGUUAAAGAGUUUGUGGGAAAGAAGGAAUCGAAAGUCAUAGCUGCUCCUGAGUCAUGGUUGGAUCUACGUAUUAAAGGCUCGCAACUUAGUCAAUAUUUUAGACGAAAGUGUAAAUACAGUCCAAAAGGGCUUUUUGCAUAUCCGGCCUACAUCAAUGGGACUAGUUACUCUAUGCAUUGGAUUUCAGAGGCUCAUCGAAAUUCUUGGCAUGUUCUUCUGGAUGCCACUGAAUUAGAACCUAAAAAAGACCGAUUAACUUUGGCACUUCAUCGACCAGACUUUGUAAUAUGCACAGUUGAGAAUACUCAUGCUCAACCGUCAAAAAUCAAUUGUCUUUUGGUGAGAAGAAAGUCAUUCGAGACAACUCAAUCUUUAGCGAGUGGUUCUUGA